GGCGCCGCAGUGUCACGCGCGCCGUGGCCCCGAGCGGACGUGUGAGGUGGUGCGCGCGCGACUCGGACUGAUCGAGCAGAGAGGGAAAGGGAGAGGAGAGUGGGCGCGCGCCGGACGGUCGGACCGACAUGGAGCCCAGCGCGGCCGGCUGACUGUGACCAGCAGAGUGACAGCCCAGGUGACAGAGAUGUGGCGGACGGGCGGGCUCGGCACUGCCGCCGCCGCGGCGCUCCUGCUGCUGCUCAGCGCCACCGCCGCCGGUGGGACGGCCGCCGACAGCCGCCGGCUGUGCGAAGGACGCGGCGCCGAAUGUAUCGGUCAGGAGCAGCCCUCGCCGUCCGAGACCGCCAGCUCUUCGUACCAGGAGCCGCGCCCGCUGCGCAAGGUCGUGCGCACCACACUGCUGGCCGCCAACGCCAGCGAGCCGCCGCCGGAGACGGAAGCGGCUCCCAGCAGCAGCAGCCCGCGGACAGGUCGGCCCGGCGGCCGCGGCCGCGAGCUGGUCGAGCUGGCGCAGCUGACGCCCGUGUUCGGCCGCCGGCUGAGCGCCAUGAGGAACAGGACGGCGGCCGUCACCCCGGCGGCCGGGCCCGGGUCGGCGCGGCAGCCGCAGUCCGGCCCUGAGGCCGACCCGCCCCGGGAGACGGCGGCGCGGCCAAACGCGCUGCCGCGCCGGCGCCGGCCGUCCAGCCGGAGACGGCACCGGCGGCCCCCCGCCGCCGCCGCCGCCGCCGCCGAUGACGACCUGUCGGAGCGCGCCAACGCACUGGAGGAGGCCACCCGGCACGGCUCCGACGGCGGCGACGAGCGCGCCUUCCGCGUCGAGCGGCUCAAACGGCGCAGGAAGAUCCUGGCCAAAAAGCUGGUGCGCAAACAGUUCCUGGGCGACGGCCCGCGCAAGAAGAUUGUCAAGGUGGUGGCGGUGCGGAAGCCGCCGCGCGUGAUCCCUGGCCUGACCGAGGUGUACCAGGACAACCUGGUCAACAGUCUGAUCUCUGAGGAGUACCCGUCGCUGCAGCCGGCGCCCGGCAUCAAGGGCUUCCCGGGCGUCGACUACCCGAUCUACCAGCGUAUCCCGGAGACCAGCUUCAGCUGCAGCCACCAGCGCUACUGGGGCAUGUACGCCGACACCGAGACCCAGUGUCAGGUGUGGCACUACUGCGACCAGGACGGCACCAAGCACUCGUUCCUGUGUCCGAACGGCACCAUCUUCAGCCAGGUGACGUUCAUCUGCGACUGGUGGUUCAACGUCGACUGCAACACAGCCCUGCAGCUGUACGUCACCAACGAGGCGCUCUCGCUGCUGCCGGCGCCGCCCGAGAAAACCUUCCCCGAGGACUUCAACGGGCCCAUCGUCGACUGGUACAUCUACCAGCGACACCAGGAGCGGGCCUACAGGAAGGAGAAGUUUCUGCGGCAGCUGGAGGCCGGCCAGCGCCAGGAGGCCAUUCGGUUCCUGGAGACGCACGACUUCCCGCCGUGGUUCACGCCGCGCGACCAGGCGCUCUACAGGAAGCUCAAGGCGCUCGAGCGCAAGUCCAAGCACCACGAGCCGCCGCCGCACCGGCCUGUCAAGAAGGAGCUGACGCAGUACGCGCCGCGCUACGCCCGGACUGCCGUCUAGCGGCCGCGGCCCCACGCGCGGCAGUCGUCCCACAUGUGCCACAGACAUUCAGUGAUACCUUCGCCGUUCUGUUACGCCCGUCUUAGCGAGUGUUGCGCGAGUGAUGAGCGAGAGAGAGCGAGCCGGCGCGAGAGAGGGAGCGAGCGAACGUGUGAGCGGGGCGAUCCUAGUGGCGCGCGUCGGCCGCACGUUGUCCGGUGACCGGUCAGAGGUGGGGGCGGACCCACGGGACAGCGCGCGGCGCCCGCCGGCCGGCCGGGCCCUCCGCCCCCACCCAGCAGCUGCCAGCCGGCCCAACAUCAGCUGUAUUAUCGUAAUAUAUUAUAUACGACAGGUGCCAAUAUUUGGACAUCUGACGCGAUACAAAGCAUUGGUAAAUAAACAGUACGAGAGGAGAUAGUCAGAAACCGAAGCAGUUAGUGACAUGUUUGACAAAAAAAAAAA